AUGCAUCGUCCAAGGAGGAGACAAAAGAAGGACAUUGAGUCCGAUGGAGUUUUUGCCAGAACCAAUCUUUCCGGCGUCGGCAGAGAUGGACUCUCGGAAGAUAAAAAGAAAAAGCUAAAGAUCGGAGGUGCCAUCUUGGGUGUCAUUCUCCUGGGUGUCGGCAUUCACUCCAUCCUCUUGAGUACAAGUGGUGGAGGUGGUUCUAAGGCAGUCGUGGGACAUCCUUCCUUUACCCAAGUGCUCAAUGAGGGACACAUUGACGAAGCACGAGCCAACAUUAAGAUGAUGGCUCAUACCAAGAGUGGUUUGUCCGUCAUGACUGUGGUUCCUGACGAUUUGACACAAGACGCUACCUUUGGAAUCAGUUUCCGUACUCCCCUUUCAGACAAUCGUGGUUUGGCCACCAUCACUGAAAACGCGGUGAAGGCUGGAUCCAAGACCUACCCUGUCAAGGAUCCUAUCAAUCAACUACAGGCUGGAUCCUUGCAGACGCAUUUGGAAACUUGGUCCGAGGCCGAUCGUACCAGUUUCACCAUGGCUUCGAGAAACUUGAAGGAUUUCAAGAACUCCAUGGCCGUCAUGUUGGAUGGUAUCUUUCAUCCGUUGUUGGGAGAGGCUGAUCAUGAAUGGAUCUACCGUCAAGAGGGAUGGAGACUUGAAACCAAGGAGGAUCAAACAACUCUUUACAUUAGUGGAAAUGCCUACAAUCGUGCCCGUGCUGCCCAAAUGUUCCCCGAUGUAGCUUUGGAUGAUUUUGUUCACGAUCGACUCUUCAAGGAGCAUACCUAUGGAUACAAUCCCAAGGGAUUGUGGAACGAAAUUCUUUCCGGAGUUCGUGGCCACAUGAUCAAAUUCUACAACUCCUAUUACCAACCCUCCAAUGGACGCGUCUUCUGUUAUGGUGCUCCCGAAUAUAUCAAUGCUUGUUUGGAUGCUGUUGACGAGGCUGUUACUCGCAUGUUGAAUGAUCAAGCCAAAAAGACGGAGGAAAACGGAGGUGUUUCUAUCUUGGAGGAAUUGGGUGUCAGUUUGCCGGAAGACUCCAAGGUCGGAUUCAAAAUGCUCAAUACCAUCAACUCGGUCGAAGAACGAGUUGCCUAUCCCAGCUUUGAAGAAACCUUUGACUUUCGUCUUUCGAUUUCGUGGGUUCUCAACGACAAGCCCAUGGAUCAACGUACCGAAGUUGCUUGGCAUUUGAUUUACGAAAUGUUGAUUGGAUCCCCCACUGCCACCAUUGCCAAGGAGUUGGAAGUUUUGGGCGAUGAUUACAUUGCCAAGCUUGACACCAACCUCCAACAAUGGGUCAUGACGAUGGGAGUCAGUGGGUUGGCCUCGGAAGCCGACGCCGGUUUGGCUCGUACCAAGAUUGUCAACAAGUUGGCCGCAAUUUCUCAAAAUGGCUUUGAUCGCGAGGCCAUGGCAGCUGCAUUGAACAGAGUCGAAUUCAUUUUGCGUGACUUGAAUAGUAAAGAUGGUUCUCCACAAGGUGUCGAGAUGUUCAAGAAGGUCAUGCGCAAGUGGAACUACGACUUGGAUCCUACCUUGGCUUUGACUCAUUUGGAAGAGUUCAAAUCUCUUCGAGCUCAAUUGGAAGAUCCGGAUAAUGUUGAGGGAAUGGAAUUCAUUUUGGAGUUGAUGACUAAGGGGCUUUCCGAUAACACUGCCCAAGCCAUUGCUACCCUUUAUCCUAGUGCAGAGAUGCAGCUCAGUGCUGAACGAAACGAGAUUGCUUGGUUGAACGAAUCCGACGAGUUCUGGGACAAGGCCACUGGUGUCGAGAUUAUGCGUCAAACUGCCGAGCUUCACCGUGUUCAGCAAGAGGGUGACUCCGCAUUGGAUAUCGCCACCAUUCCACGCUUGUCGCCCGAGGAUUUGCCAAAGGAAGCUUUUGAGAUCCCCACCAAGGUUACGGACAAAGUUUUCAAUACCGAUCUGACCAUGAUUGAGAAUACGGUUCCCGACUCCAACAACAUUGCCUAUGUGGAUUUCACCAUUGAUAUUUCCAACAUGAAGUUUAAGGACGUCAUUUUGCUACCGCUCAUGUGCCGUUUGCUUGCUGAGGCUGGUACCGAACGCAAGUCCGAUGUUGAGAUCAGGCAACACAUUGACCUUUACACAGGAGGAUUGACCAUAGAACCACUUGUGGAAGAAGUCUACGAAUUCCAAGAAGAUCAUGGAUACAAGGUCGACAGUGGCAAGCACAUGAUCACCAAGCUUUUGGUCCGCACCUCUUGCUUCGCCGAGAAGGGAUGCGCCGAACUCUUCAACUUGAUGAAGACUGUCAUUUACGACUCGGUCAUUGACAAGCGUCAAAAGGUCAUCAACAUUCUUCAGGACAUUAUCGACGAUAUGGAAGAUGAUAUUCAACGCAAUGGUCACGUGUACACCACCCAAAGAAUCGAGUCUCGAUACACCUUGCCUGGAUUCAUCCGAGAGCAAUGGUUCGGAAUCACCCAACUAUACAAGGCUCGUGCUGCCUUGCAAGAGGCGUUGGACGACACUAAAUGGGAAGCUCUCGGCACAAGACUCUUGGUUGCACAUGAUGCCAUCAAGCGCACUCACCACUCUGGGCUGUUGUUGAGUAUUACGGGUGACGAAAAGGCUAUCAGCGACCUUGGGGGUGCGGUUCACAUGUUUGUCAAUGACAUGCUUCCGGCUGCUCCUCAAAAGACCCCCUUCCCUGAUUUUGCCAAGGUGGAACAUCCCUGGGUCAUUAAUGGCCACUUGGCAAUGGAUUCAGAGAUGGAGAUAGAAGAUCCCUUUACCGCCUUUUUGACUCCAACUUUGGUGAACGAUGUUGGCAGAGGAGGUUUCUUGUAUCAACCAGGAGAGCACAUCAGUGGAGCUCACAUGGCUGCUGUUCAAUAUUUGGGAGGCUUCUUUUUGAACGAAAGGAUCCGCUUCAAUCUUGGCGCUUCGCAAGCUUGGGCCCAAUUGGAUCUGGAUUCUGGGGUUGUGAUCUACCAAAGUGAGCAGACACCAAGCAUCUAUACGACAUUGGAGAUCUUCCGUGACGCUACUGGCUGGGUGCAGCGACAAAUGGAAGGGCACGAGAACUUGCCAGUGGAAGCACAAGCCGCCAUUAUUGGAACGGUUGGCAAGAUGGACGGAAGUGCCCUUCAGCCGAAUCGUGUCGGUCACGUCGCUCUUCUUCAGUACUUGAAGCAAGACACCAAGGAAGGAAGACAAACGUGGCGUGAUGAAGCCUUGACGGCCACAAAGGAGGACUUUAUGUUCUUUGCCAAUAGACUUGCCGGUUGGGGCGGCGAGAGUCUUUCUGCCAUUACGAAUCAACGGUUGUUGGAUCAGGCUCACCUGAAGAUGCAAAAUCGUACCAUGACAACCUGUCAUUUGACGGGUUACAAGUGUCCCGAACCUGAGGAGGUUGUUUAG